AUGAGCUACGAAAAAAACACCCACCAGGAUGACGUGAUUCAACGCUCGAGCUUCGAGGAGGAGGCGAUGCAGGAGCAGAAAAAACUCCAAACCGUGGUGUCAUACAACCGUGAGGAUAUUGGUAACCUGCAGCAUGUGGUAUCUACGAUCAUCUCCACAUCAGGCCGCGAAGUAAAGCUCACCGGUAAUGUGGACGAUGCUAUGAGACUGGCACUUGAGGCGCCCAAAAUCGUGGUCACACCCGAGGAGGAUCGCCGUUUGGUCCGCAAGAUUGACCUGUACAUGUUUCCGUUGCUGUGUUUGCUAUACGCCAUCCAAUUCAUGGACAAAAUCUCCAACGGUUCCGCAGCCGUGAUGGGUCUUCGUGAAGACCUACACAUGCACGGCGACCAAUAUUCGUGGGUCGGUUCUGCUUUUUACUUUGGUUACCUGUUUUUCAACAUGGGUCCUGGACAGUUUAUUUUCCAGAAAUCCAGAUGGCUGGCCAAGACUCUAGCCGGGUUUGUGAUUGUUUGGGGUAUGCUUUUGGCCCUCCACUCGGUUCCCUCUGUUAACUAUUCUUCUUUUAUCGCCCUGAGAGUUCUAUUAGGUUGCGCUGAGUCCAUGGUGACGCCAACAUUCACUGUCAUUACCUCCCAAUACUGGAAGAAAGAGGAACAGUUCAUGCGUGUGUGUUUGUGGUUUGGUUUCAACGGACUUGGUGGUGUCUGGGCUAACGCCUUGGCCUACGGUCUCUACAUCAGACAGGAUUCGUACUCCAUUGACGCCUGGAGAGUAUUGUUCAUCAUUACCGGCUUGAUCACAAUCGUUGUUGGUGUGGCCAUUUUCUUCCACAUUCCAGAUGACCCCUCCAAGGCUUGGUUUUUGUCAGAGCGUGAGAAGUUUAUGGUGAUCGAAAGAAUUAGAUCCAACCAGCAAGGCUUCGGUAACCACAACAUCAAAUGGUAUCAGGUCAAAGAGGCAUUUACCGAUGUGAGAACUUGGCUAUAUUUUGCAUUCUCCGUGGGAUCUAACAUCCCCAAUGGUGGUCUAACUAACUUCAUGAACAUCUUGAUCAAGUCUGAUUUUGGUUACGACACUGCUCAGUCUUUGCUGAUGACUAUGCCCACUGGUGCCGUUGAACUUGUUGCAUGCCCCUUAUUUGGUUACCUAUCUGUGGUGUGUGCUAAGAAGAAGGUUCCAUUCCUGCAAUACAGAUUGGCCUGGGGUAUCAUUGCUGCUUUGAUCAGUGUUUUAGGGACUUGUUUGCUAGCUUUUGCCCACGAUUCUCCUAAGGCCAGACUUGCUGGUGCGUACUUGUUAUACGUGGCACCCGUGGCUUUCAUUUGUGUGUUGUCGAUUAUCAGUUCCAACACUAUUGGGUUCAGUAAGAAAUGGAGUGUGUCGUCAAUCAACUUGGUUUCCUAUGCUGCAUCGAACUUGGCAGGACCACAAACGUUCAUCCCCUCGCAGGCCCCAGGCUACACUGGUGCUAAGAUUGCCAUGUUGGUCUGCUACGCAGCCACCGUUGUCGUGCUGGUGGCUUUGUUUGUAAUUAACUACAGAGAAAACAAGAGAAGAGACAAGAUUCAGGCUGAGAGAGGUCCAGAACAUGUCGUUAUCGAGAACAUGGAAUUUGCUGAUUUGACUGACAAGGAGAAUCCAAACUUUAGAUACGCUCUCUGA